AUGUCGAAGCGAGGUACUGCUGUUUCGUAUUCUCCUCCUCAUGCUUCGCGUCGAAUCUUGUUAGGGAUCCAAUCGGCGUCUUCCCAAAACCUGCGACAGAUCCAUUUGUCGAAACGUGUAUCUUAUCCGUCCUUGGGAUUUCAAGUUGGGAUUCCAUACAUCUGAUGAUCGGAUGGAUGGAUAGCUCUCGUUAUCGAUCGACGAAGGAGAGCUGUUUAGUUGUUUUUGCUGAGGUUUUAGGGUUCAGUUUUUUCGAUUUGUAUCAGUUCUCAGUUCGUUGAUGGUCAAGUGAUUCGGUUGUUUCAGGGCGUGGAGGUUCCGCGGGUAACAAGUUUCGGAUGUCGCUGGGUCUCCCUGUGGCCGCUACGGUGAACUGUGCGGACAACACCGGGGCGAAGAAUCUCUACAUCAUUUCUGUGAAGGGGAUCAAGGGUCGCCUCAACCGCCUCCCCUCUGCAUGCGUGGGAGAUAUGGUGAUGGCGACGGUGAAGAAAGGGAAGCCCGACCUCAGGAAGAAGGUCAUGCCGGCUGUCAUCGUCAGGCAGCGGAAGCCGUGGCGCCGAAAGGACGGAGUUUUCAUGUAUUUCGAAGGUGCUCUUCUUAACUUUACCAUGCAUUUUAACUUCUGGCAUUGGCUGAUUCCCCCUUAAUUAUCUACAACUUUCGUUUAAGCCCCGAAAAUUCUCUGCUGAUUAUCAACAGACAUCGUAUCAGAUAUUCUUCUGAUUUGGUAGCUUUUUUUGUGCAUGAUAGUGAAGCAAUACCACAAUCCAUGCUACUCCUUACUCCACCCGUCCAUCCUCAAUCCAGAUAUCGUCUGAAGUCCUGAAUUGCUUUGAAAAUGCUGCGAGUUUAUUUCCUGUUGUGCAGAUGGCAUGUUUUCAUUCAUGCGACAUUGUGUUUCUUGAGUAUUAACACAUUGGACGAGAGCAGAACGCCUUCUGUACGAAGAACAGGAGCGUCUCGAUUUGCAUCUUUUGAAUGUGGCUCUUUCCACUUUUGUUCAUGGUAUCAUGAUGGGGAUGUAUGUCUGGGUGUAAUGCUCUUCUUAUCACCGAAGCAAGCUGAACAUGUUUGCAUGCUCCAUAAUAAACGUUAUCUAUUGAUUUUCUGUAAGACGAUGGUUCGCCUUAGACGUUUCAGGUUUCUCGAUGUUCUCAUAAUAAACAUUGCAGCCAUGAACCUUUGGGGUUGGGCUUGAGACCCAUAUAUCAAUAUGUUCUGAUCGUAAAGGCUGAUUCUUGCUUAUUUAAUAAGGAUUAAAACUCGUUCUUAGAAAAAUCAUUUGACGAUGAUUUUUCGGUGGGUUGGUGAAGUUGCUUCAGUUCUUGGUUUCUUUAUCAUCAUUCUUUCAAGAGCCACGGCAGAAUUUCAUUCUUGGCUUUUGUGGGGAUUUUUGAAUCCCGUUGUCUGUUGCUUCUUUCUUGGAUGAUGACCCACUUUGACUUGUUAUGGGUCAGUAAUGAAGGAAGCAUACACUGAGACCCAGUAUUUAACAGCAUGAUGCUCAUUCUUGUGGCAUCGUGUUACCUGUCUUCUGGUAAAUUAGCAGGUCUCUGCUAUCGGAGAAGCAUUCAACAGCGCCGUUGCGAUUUUGUCGCUAGUAGUUAAUUCACCUUUAUCACAGUCUGAUCUGUCAUUGUUUUCAUUUAUUUUCAGAUAAUGCUGGAGUAAUUGUGAAUCCGAAAGGCGAAAUGAAGGGUAUUUUCCAACACCCAUUUCUAACGUUACCAUCAUGUUCAUUAUCGCAUGAAAUGUCGAUCUUUGCUGUUAGCUUCGGAUGCCCUCACACAUGCCUCCACCCAUCUGUCUUUCUCUCUUUCUAUUUCUAUCUCUCUGUAUAAAUGGAUGUAUAUCUCCCUCUCGCUCGCUCUCUCUCUAUCCAUCUGUCUAUCUCUCUCUCUCUCUCCAUCCAUCCAUCUGUCUAUCUCUCUCUCUCUCCAUCCAUCCAUCUAUCCAUCUAUCUAUAUGAUGGCCUUGGAUUCCCUCUAUUAUUCUUCAAUAAUAUCUUCGGAUUUGACCGUAACUUGCGUUUUUUUUGGGAUUGUUGCAGGAUCUGCAAUCACCGGGCCCAUCGGAAAGGAAUGCGCGGAUCUGUGGCCCAGGAUCGCCAGUGCGGCAAAUGCAAUCGUGUAG